CUUGCAUUUGAAAUUUUGAUUGCGAGACCGAGACCGCGACACACGCGCCGCCCAACUCAGAACUGCAUUAAACCCAAUGCCAUCAAGUAUUCAACAUCAGGUGUUUUUCCGCCAAUAUACCAACCUUUAAGAAAAUCACUGCUUGAAUACUUCAUUCAGUUUCAUUACAUUGCUUACGCCAUAAAAGAUUACUACUACCUUUUGCAGCCUUUUUCUUCUUUUUUUAUUAAAAAAAAGCUGCGGUUUUCGACUCUCUCUUUGUUCGCAGCCGCUUUAUAACAAUCAUCUUCAUCCUUCCUCCCAUCACAACCCUACAACUACGGAUCCGUAUAGAUACCUCUAACACCACGCUUCUAAUUCUCAACUGCCUUUUAGUUUUUCUAUAAAGGUAUAUCUGCAGCCGAUGUGCAAAUUAUCGUAAACUUAAAUUUGUUACAACAUGGCUACAGACUGGAACAAGCUGAAGGUCGUUGACCUAAAGUCGGAAUUGAAGCGACUUGGCCUACCGCAGAAUGGCCUCAAGGCGGACCUAGUAGCACGCCUAGAAGCUGUCGACUCCGAGAGAGCCGCUUCCCAAUCCUCAGGUGAAACCCCUGAAGAAACCGAGGCCGUUAAUGGGGAGGUGCAACCGGUGGAGAUCCCCCCUGAAGCAACAGAAGCUCCAGAAUAUUCCCACGCAACUCCUCCUGAUGAAUCCUCCAAGCAGUCCGAAGUCGCAGCCGAAGCCGAAGCCGAAGCCACAGCCAUACCGGGGCAGGAAGUAUCUGCACCAGUCCUUACUGAGACGCAAGAGCUAGCACCCUCGACUGGAGACACACUGCUACAUCCUACCGAACUAAUACAAGAUUCACAAAAGCGAAAGCGAAGGUCUCUAAGCCCUGCACCAUCCGGCGAAGAAGUAGCACGCAAGAGAGCUAGGCAAGAUAAUCGAGAUGCCCAGGAAGACCCCGUCGUCGCAACCCCCGUCGGAGAGAAAGCCGAUGCAGUGGCAGAGCUGCAAGAAGACAAAGAGGAUACAACACGGGCUCCUCCUGACGUUGAGAUGGAAGAUACCAAGGAUGAGGCGCCAGUUGAGCGCGAACGUGAACGCGAUAACGGUGUUACCCAGCCAAUCCUAGCUGAUGAUGCUAACCCCGACCUUCAAAAUGGACACGCUGUAGAAGUGGUAACAAAUAAGACCCAGGCAACCUUCCAAGAACCCCCCGAAGAUGAGCCUUCUCGAGAGCAAACCUAUACCGCUCACCCGGCUGAGAUAGAACGAGAUGUAGAGCCGUCCAUCCAUCCCGCAACCUCUGCACUGUACAUUAAGAACUUUAUGAGACCUCUUCGACCGCAGGCAGUCAAGGAACACCUGCUAGACCUCGCCGCGUCGAUAGGUGCACCUGCCGAAGAAGGUACUAUUGUUGACUUCUACCUCGACACUAUCCGAACGCACGCGUUCGUAGUGUUCAACACCAUCUCAUCUGCCUCAAGGGUACGUACCGCACUGCACAACCGCGUCUGGCCCGACGAAACCAACCGCAAGGCUUUGUGGGUUGACUUCAUUCCGUCAGAGCGUUUCGCGGAGUGGGUUGAUAUGGAGCAGACAUCUACCGGAGGACGCGGUUCGACCCACCGCUACGAGGUCGUGUACGAUAAUGAUGAAGACGGUAACGUAAUUGUCAAACUUGAGGAAUUCGACGGCGCUGGCCCUACAAAGCAGGCACCCCCGGCACCUGAACCUCAGCUCGAGCGCAAACCUUCCAUCCCUACUGGACCUUCCAGACAGUUUUCAGGAAUCGAAGGCGCACCCACAGGACCACGCGGUUUCAACUCGAACCACGGCCCCGGAAUGCACCAAACCAGAGCAGGAAUACUAGACCAGCCCGGACAAUCGACACAUGCGCACCCCAUCGUUAGAUAUCAACCCGUUUCAGACGACCUGGUCAGACGACGACUCGACGCGAUCGCAGCCGCCAAGACUAAGGAUACCGACCGAGACUUUGGCAAAGACUACAAGCGUUACUAUUUCGAGAACGGCGACACGCUCGUCGAUAGGGGCAAAGAGAUCUUCCUCGGUAUCCGUCCACCUCACCGAGAACAUCAGCGCGAACGCGAGCAGAGACAUGAGACAGGCCGCGAACCGGCCCGCGAACCAGGACGUAGUCGCCGAGCCGGUGGUGGUGGUGGUGGUGGCAGACGCCGCGGCGGCAUGCCUAUCUUCCACGGCGUUCCUAGAGGUGGCGAUCGAUUCCGGCCUGGAGAAUCCGGCUCCAGCGGACGCUCGCGGUACUCCGACGACAGAAGUAGCCGCCGUGACGGUUACGGCCGAUAUGCGGACGAGCGGCCAAGCCGCAGAGAUAGCUACAAUCGUUACUAACUAACAUGGCAGAUAGCUUAGAGAGACGGACUCGGGGUUGACGACCAAGUGAGUUACGUGAGUUAUUACUGGUUUGCUAAAUAUGGUGAGAGUGCUUGUAUAUGAAACAAAUAAAUAAAACCAAAACGUAUCCUGCGUUUAUUCGUGCGUGCGUAUCUCCCCGUGCGCUCGACUAUUCGCAGAAGUUUUCUUUUUUUCUCUUAAAAGCAAAGGUCCAAAGCAUUUACGGAGUACAGAGAGAAAGCACACACGGAAAAGUACCUAGCAUCGCAAAGGCAGAACGGGAUGGACGCAUGGAUGCAUUUGUAUAAGGAGAGAAGGAAGGAUACCCAGUCCGAGAACAAACAAGCAAGCAAGCAAGCAAGUUAGCCAAACCAAACCAAGCAAAGCAAAGCAAGGCCUAUUCGCGAAUAGUAUCACGAGCUACUACUUUGAGUAAGACAAGAGACAGCCGCCUAGCUAGGUAGUGUAGGCAAAUGCGCAAAACGCAUGCUAAUAGAGGACGUUUCAUUCCAUAUAAAAAAAGAAAAACAAAAGAAAAAGAAAACCAGAUUAAAGCCAUACAUACUAGUUAUCCAUAACGUGGUUCUAGCUAAUCCCCGU